AUGGAGCUGGACAAUUGGACCCCGGACAUUGUGGUCGGCGUCGACUUUGGCAUGACCUGCACUGGAAUUGCCUAUUCCUCCGCCCCAGACUGGUCAUUUCCCAAACCCAUCCAACGCUGGCCAGGUAUCUUGGGCGCUGAGCUCGCCAACAAAGUCCCAAGCCAAAUCCGAUAUGUCGCUGGGUCAGAAAUAGUGAAGAGCUGGGGGUUUCUCUGCGAGAAUUGUUUAGCCAACGAUGGCGAUAAUGGAGAUAUCAAGGAAUACUUCAAAUUAAACCUCGAUCCCGACUUCUUCGACAGCCGUCCCGAUUCACCUAGUCGUGAGGAGGCGGUCGGUUGGUUCCGAGAUUAUAUCAGAUGCGUAUACGAAUACACUUUAUCGCACUUUGCUGUUUCUUUCCCCCGAUUCUCGUCCCGUCAGGUGGAAUUUGUUUUCAGCAUUCCGACAACCUGGAAAGAUCCGCGGAUGGUGGCUCAACUGAAAGAGUCCAUCGAGCUCCAGUCUCCGAACCAUAGAGCCAUUAUCGGGCUAACAGAAGCAGAAGCGGCAGCCGUAUAUGCCAGCGCACAGCUCUAUCAGAGGGGGGAUGUGAUUCUGGUAUGCGAUGCGGGAGGAGGUACAAUGGAUGUCAAUGUCCUCAAAUUAGUCUCAUCCGAAGGUGAACCUACCAAGUUCGUACCACUUGGAUUUGUUGAAGGGAAACCGAUCUGGUCAGUCUUGAUCGAUAUGAACGUUCACCGGGUAAUUUGUGAUAGGCUGGAGCAAAUUCGCGACAUUCUCCCAGGUGAGCCUAAUGACAUCGCUUGGGAUAUGAUGGCUGGCCGUCGGUUUGAGCGGUACAAAUGCGGUUUCGGGGCCCCGGGGAUGGAGCCGACGGGCUUAAUGCUCGAAGUGCCUUCUCUUGGCCGCGAUUCGCAAUUUCCUAAGGCUGGUAUCAUAGGCGGUGAUAUGUGUAUAAGCAGGGACGAAAUCCAGCAAAUCUUCGAUGAGAGAGUCCGGGAUACGUAUGAACUGCUGGACGAGCAGAUUGGUCGUUUGAAAAUUACUCAUCCACUAGAACAGAUCUCUUUUCUGGUACUGUCUGGAGGUUUUGGAAGCUCUCCAUACUUGAGAGCAAAGCUUAAAGAGAGAUAUUCUACCCCAGGUGUUGUCCCAAACAUCAUCGAAGUACUCACAGUAGAUGAACCUCAGCUAGCAGUGGUUCAAGGCCAGGUGAUGAAUAGGAUCCAGGAGCUGAAGCAGGGAGCCGUUCCUAUUCAAACCCUCUGCAGCCGGGUGAGUUACGGCGUCAUCUGCGACAAGGUGUAUGACGCCAGGCAACAUACAGGGGAACCUGUCCGCUAUGAUGAGCGCGACAAACGGACAUAUGCGGUAAAGCAAAUUGAUUGGCUUAUUCUUCAGGGUGACCCAGUCCCUCGAACAGGAGUAUCCAAGCAAUUCCAGCGAAAGGUUUACCCCCGAGAUAUAACAGAACCAUGGAAGGCUCAGAUCGUCAUGUCAACGCUCCCGAAGCAGAAGCUUCCCCACAGCAUGUCGCAUACCGGGGCCAAGCUGGUUUGCAACCUGGAGGUUGACAUGACUAGUGUUGACAAACAACCGAGAAACAUACAUUGGUACAACCGAGGCCCAGUAUAUCUGUUGGCAACCUUCAUGGUGAAGAUUGUCGUGAGCCCUACGGACCUUCGAUUUGAGCUUUGGAAUAAAGACGGAGAAAGAAUUCACAGUCGCAGCCGCGAUUCCGUCAAGGUUAAAUGGGAGCCGUUUGACUUGAACAAGUGUGAGGGUGUUGUGCCAGAAAUAAUGGACGAUGAGCCCAGGAACAGAAUUUGA